CACACACGCGCGCAACAUUCGGGAUCUGCCCCAUGUCCAGAACACAAGCACGCAUUAUACGCGUCGUGUGGCCGAGUUUGACCUGAGUCUACUGCUCUGUGGACGCACAAUACCAUCAGCCCACACAGUAGCCCCCACCUUUUCUUUUUUUAACUCCAAUUAUUUACACGCACGCAAUUUAGUGGAAUCACCGUCCAACCUGUUGCACUUGUGGAGCGGAGUCAUUGGAGAUGAAGACGCAUGUGAAAUUUUUCUAUCGCACGUGGAUUGGAGUUGCUUACGCAGCAGGUCUAGUGAUGGGCUUCUCUAUGAUGCCGCCUGUUCUGGAGAACUCCAGAUCCGAACUUGUGAUUCCGGUUCACGAAACACUCACUAUCACAUGCAGGGGACAGCGCACUCUAACUUGGGCCUGGCCUGACCGGUCUCUGGUGGAACAGAAGCUCAGCGGGCGUCAGGGCCAGGCGCCUCUUGCCAGGCGACUCUUGAGGAACAGGGCAGUCCUGGUCAUCGAGUGUCCAGGCCAACCUGGGAGUCCGUAUUGCAAGAAGUUGAUCCUUAACGGCACGCAGGCACGGGACACCGGCUACUACCGCUGCCACUAUAAGGAUGUGAAGGCCAUCAUUGACGGCAUCACGGCUGUUAGCACUUAUGUCUUUGUCAGGGACCCCGAACAGCCUUUCCUCAGGAGGGACGAGGCCAACAACAACAACAACCUGGAGAACCUUUAUGUCACACUUUACUCCACAGACAUUGUCGUGCCAUGUCUGGUCACAGUGCCCGACCUCAAUGUCACACUCUAUGCGUCUCCCAUCCCACUGGACAUGAACAAGCUGACUUGGGACAACAAACUAGGGUGGGUCAUUCCCAGGCACGUCAUCGACACCGUGCCGAUACUCUUCACCUUGUCGUGCGUGGCCGUGCUCGGAGGCAAAGAGUACGCGGCUAACUACUUGAUCCACACUACAGGAAGUCGAGUUUACGAUGUCAAGCUGUUUCCCGAGGAACCCGUGGAGAUGAUAGCGGGGGAGGCCCUUACCCUAAACUGCACAGUACAGGUGGAGUUCAACACUGCGGUGACCAUUGAGUGGUCCUACCCAGGCAUGCAGACCAACAACUCGGUAGACACUAAAUACCAUCGGGACACACUGUCUCACACCACAGAAGCAGUCAACAUUCUGACCAUCCAAAGCACCUCUACUACGGAUUCUGGGCCAUACACCUGCAACGUCACUAGGGUGGACUUCGCACAGAGCAAAACAAUGCAGGUCAUAGUUCACGAAAAGCCAUUUAUAAACCUGGACUACAGAAGUGGACCAGUGGUGGAGGUAACAUCUGGCCAGAAGUCAUUCAAAUUGCAUGUGAAUGUGUCGGCGUUCCCCACUCCCGAAACACAAUGGUACAGAGACGGAAAGCUGAUUAACGAGCGACCCGAGUUCAAGAUGAAGCGUCUGAGAAUUCACACAAACCACGCCUUGGAGAUCAAGGAUGUCGCUCCCGGGGAUGCUGGCCUCUACACGGCGGUGCUGAAGAACAGUGCAGCAGCCCUGGAGAGGAGACGCAACAUUACUCUUGUUGUCAAUGUUGCCCCUCAGAUAAAUGAGAAAGAAGUGGCAGAACCAUCCAGUCCUUACCCCAGCGGUAGCGGGCAGACGCUAACGUGCACCGCCUAUGGCCUCCCAACUCCCACCAUCAGCUGGCAGUGGAGGAAGUGGGGCCCGUGUGUCCUCAACAAUACUCGCGGCAGAACGGUGCGACCAGACAGGAAAGGCCACGGUGAUACGAUCCCAGACUGUCAGGACUGGCAAGACAUUUGUCUGGAAGGGGCUGUGAACGAAUUGGAAGCGAUUGAAACAUCUGUUGAACUGGUGGAUGGACGACAGAAGACAGUCAGCCGACUGCAGAUUCGCAACGCCAGCGUGUCUCUCCUAUACAAGUGCUCUGCAGAGAAUAAAGUCGGCAAAGAUGAACGACUCAUUUACUUCUACGUAACCGCCAUCCCCGAGGGGUUCAGUGUGGAAGUGCAUCCAUCAGAGAAUCCCCUGGAGCAAGACAAGGUGUCUCUGUGCUGCAGUGCCGACAAUUACACCUAUGAUCAGCUGCAGUGGUACCGCCUGGACCCCAAUGCCCUGCAGGGCAAGCCUCAGGAGCUGGAUUGCAGAAGCGUGCAUCUCUAUGCCGUCGCCCUUGAUGGACAGCUCGUCUUUCAGGAGGCCUCCAACAGCUGGGUCCUGGAUUUCACCCUACCCGCCAUACAGCUGCAGGAUGAGGGUCACUAUGUGUGUGAGGCUCAGAGCAGACGGAGCGGCGAGAGGCAUUGUCUGUUCAGAUAUAUGUCUGUCAAAGCCCUGGAGGGGCCUCAUUACAAGCGGAGUCUCACCAACCAGACGGUGAACGUGACGGAAUCACUGCACAUGGAGUGCGACGUGGAGGGAAGACCUCUGCCGCGCCUCUCAUGGUUCAAAGACAACCAGCCGCUCCAUCAAAUGUCAGGGAUCCAGCUGCAGGACUCAAACCGUACGCUCAGCAUCCAGCGAGUUCGGGAGGAGGAUGCCGGCCUUUACACCUGCACUGCCUGUAAUCAGCGGGGUUGCGUGCACUCAACAGCUGUCAUCCGUGUUAUUGGUUCCAGUGAUAAGGCCAAUGUGGAGAUCCUAAUCCUCAUCGGAACAGGAGCGUUUGCUGUGUUCAUCUGGGCCUUGCUAAUCCUAAUUUUCUGCAAUGUGAAACGGAUUAACCCGGCAGAUAUUAAAACAGGCUAUCUCUCAAUCAUCAUGGACCCCUUGGAGGUCCCCUUGGAUGAACAGUCAGAAUACCUGCCCUAUGAUUCCUCCCAGUGGGAAAUCCCCCGGGACCGAUUACAGCUGGGAAAAGUUUUAGGCCACGGUGCCUUUGGCAAGGUAAUUGAGGCAUCAAUCUACGGAAUCAGCAAGAGCGCACGUCUCCACACUGUGGCUGUCAAGAUGCUGAAAGACGGAGCCACGGCCAGCGAGCACAAGGCUUUAAUGUCUGAGCUGAAGAUUCUCAUUCACAUUGGCAACCAUCUGAAUGUAGUGAACCUGUUAGGAGCCUGCACCAAAGCAAAUGGUCCACUGAUGGUGAUCGUGGAAUACUGCAAGUACGGCAAUCUGUCCAACUUCCUUCGUGCAAAGAGAGAGUUUUUCCUCCCGUAUAGGGAUCGCUCUCCGAAAACACAGAGCCAAGUUAGACGGAUGAUUGAAGCCGGUCAAACGGACCAAAGAGCUCGCCACCACCACCCCCCCUCGCCAUCUUCCUCCCCGCUUGUCGGCUUUCAGACGCCAUCAUCCAACGCGUCAAGUCAGAAAUCUGCCGGGGAGAAACUGGAGGAUUUGUGGAAAACGCCUUUGACGAUAGAAGAUCUAAUUUGCUACAGUUUCCAAGUGGCCCGUGGGAUGGAGUUCCUGGCAUCUAGAAAGUGUAUCCACAGAGACCUGGCGGCCCGCAACAUUCUACUGUCAGAAAACAACGUGGUGAAGAUCUGCGACUUUGGCCUAGCCCGGGAUAUAUACAAAGACCCCGACUACGUUAGGAAAGGCAACGCCCGACUGCCCCUGAAGUGGAUGGCUCCGGAGAGUAUCUUUGACAAAGUGUACACCAGCCAGAGUGAUGUGUGGUCCUUUGGAGUGCUCCUCUGGGAAAUCUUUUCACUUGGUGCGUCCCCAUAUCCAGGAGUGCAAAUUGAUGAGGAGUUUUGCAAGCGAUUAAAAGAUGGCGUCAGAAUGAGAUCGCCAGAAACAGCAUCCCCAGAAAUAUAUGGCAUCAUGUUGGCAUGCUGGCAUGGAGAGCCCAAAGAGAGGCCGCCCUUCCCCAUCCUGGUGCAAACCCUGGGAGACCUGCUGCAGGACAACAGUCUGCCUGAUGGGAAGGAUUACAUCCCUCUGAACCACUCGCAGAGCUCUGAAGAUGACGGCUUUUCUCAAGCUUCUUCACGGCCUCCAUCUGAAGAGGAAUUGAGACUAGCUGGCAACGUCCUGCCAACCAGCAGGUAUUAUAAUUUCGUGCCCUUUGCCGGCUGUGUGCUUGCCCGAGCCUCAAAGACGUGCCAUCCUAGAGUGAAGACGUUUGAAGAGCUACCUUUAGAAGUUCACCCUCAGAAGAGCACUCAGGAUAACCAGACAGACAGCGGGAUGGUUUUAGCAUCGGAUGAGUUUGAGAGACUUGAACACGGGCCCAAAGGAGCUGUGGCAAAAAGACGAAUGAGCAGCAGCAGCAGCACGGAGCCUCUCACAGCCUCGCACGGUUCUUAUGGCCGAAACUUUGGCUCUACCAGCUCCACGCAUGCUAAUUUCUUCAACCAGCUGUCGGGUCAGACCUUCUACAACAACGAGUAUGGACACUUGUCUGAGGAGGGCUUCUGUGCCAGUGACUUCUUCUCCUCAUCAAAUACACCCUGUUUGGCCUCCUCCGAUGUGUGACCUUGACACACGUUUCCCAAGAGAAACCAAAAGGCUAAAAAACAAAGCAGACAGCUCAGUGAGUUACUUUGCAGUAUGUUAGUGUAAAUAACACAUGAUAGGUCUUUAACCUUGGUUGACUAUGGGAUUUGAAUUCCUCUGCCAGAAGGCACCGCAGCCACUGGGUGGCAGCGUUAUGACUACAAAACAAUACCAAAGUAUUUUCAAUACACAUUUACUGUACAUGUUUUAGCUUUUUAUAUUCAAAUUGCUUCAUUUGUACAAUUGUUACCGUAUAUAGUAAGAUAUAAAGAAAUUCUAUCUCCUCUGUU